UUAGCAGCAGCAGCCGCCGCCUUCAUCAUCGCCAGCCUCCGAAAUGUCGUCCUCCCGACAGGUCCGCGCCGCCGAUGAUCCGCUGCCCAAAGCAUCGCCCGGUGUGGUCUGCUCCCCGCCGUCGGAGCGCCACCCUGUCAAGGAGGAGACAGGCGCUGGCGCCGUCGUCGCGCAGGAAUCGAUACCCCCGUGUCCAUGGGAUUGGGAGGAGGAUGAAGCAACAAUCCUGGAGAACGAAGAGAGGAUAAAAAAAAAGCAAUCUAUACUUGCAGCAUAUCUGAAGGACAAAUACAAAUUCCUUUCCACCAAGGCUGUUGAUAGAGGAGAUAGUUCUUGUACUGGAGAAGCAAAAAACCUGGAGCAUGAAGAGAAGAACAACAAAUUUCGGGCUAUACUUGCAGCACGUUUGAAGGACAUAGAGUUUUCUAGGAAAGCUCGGAAAGCUUUUGAUAAAGGAGAUGCGCUUGAAGAAAUAACUACCCAGUCUGAGACCAUUCAAAUAAGCAGGGAUCCAGCAAAAAUUUGCCAAGAGGAGUACAGUGAGAAGAAUAUGUGACCAUCUCUGAUAGCUGCCUCCUUUGCCGAAUGCAAUCCUCCAUCUCUGGCUGGUGAAAACUCUUAAGAAAGGAGCAGCUCAUUGGAGAUCUUAUGCAUCAGAUCACCUUUGGAGAUGUUAUGCACCAAAUCUAGUCUGGUUGUGUUGAACUGUCGACGUGCGUACAAACUUGUAGCUCUGUCUCUGUGGGAUUGUUUCUACAACUUUUGGGCCAGCAUACAGAUACUGAUAUUGAUAUUUUCAUCUUUUUACCUGCAUUGUCAUAUCACUGGUCUUUGCAUAUUUUCGGA